UGCACUUCGCUUCUUGGUUUUGCUUAGUGACAGACCUUGACAUUUCGUGUAGCUAGCCAGAAUGAGCCCGGCCGAACAUAAGCCGGAGGAUUUAGCCCCUGCUAUGGCAGAACUGGAACUUGAAGAGGAUAAGCAGGAUGGUGCUGAUGCUGCAGCUCCAGCUGCGCUCAGCAAGGGCCAGUUGAAGAAGCUGAAGGCCAAAGCCAAAAAGGCCGAGCAGAAGGCUGAGGGGCAGUCGCAGGAGGAGAGCAGCAGUGGUGCACAAGCACCCUCAGCAGAUGCGACGGCAGCGGCACCCUCAGCGGCAAACGAGGACGAGGACGGCGGCUCGGCCGAUGAGGAGGGAGGUGGCGAUGACGCAGCAGGUGGCGAGGGAAAGAAGAAAAAGAAGAAGAAGAAGUCCAAGAAGAAGGCUUCAUCUGCCGCGGCUGCUGGAGACGAUGCUGCUCCUAGCAGCAACGGUGCGAGCGCAGCGCCGCCCAGCGCAUCGCUCCGGCCCGGCGAGAAGUUGGUGCAGACUAGCCCGCCCUCAGUUCCUGUACGCCUGCUGUUUCCCGACGGGAAAUACCCUGAGGGAGAGUGGCAGAGCUACAAGGAUGAUAACCUUUGGCGGGAAACCAGCGCGGAGAAGCGUGAGCUGGAGCGACUCAACUGGGACAUGCUUAACGAGGUCCGCCGCGCAGCCGAGGUGCACCGGCAAGUCCGCAAGCACAUGCGGACUAUCAUCAAGCCCGGCAUCCGCUUGUUCGACAUGUGCGAGCAGCUGGAGGACAUGGUGCGCAACCUGAUCGAGGUCAACGGUCUCGAUGCGGGCAUCGCCUUCCCCACCGGCUGCUCGCUCAACUACGUCGCCGCGCACUGGACGCCAAACGCAGGAGACAAGACCGUCCUGCAGUACGAUGACGUGAUGAAGUUGGACUUUGGGACGCACGUUGGUGGCCGCAUCAUCGAUUCCGCCUUCACGGUACACUUCAACCCGAAGUUUGACCCGCUGGUUGCCGCGGUCAAGGACGCCACCAACACGGGCGUCAAGGCGGCGGGCGUGGACGUGCGGCUAUGCGAUGUGGGCGAGGCUGUGCAGGAGGUGAUGGAGUCGUACGAGGUGGAGCUGGACGGGCGCACGCACCAGGUCAAGUGCGUGCGCAACCUCAACGGCCACUCCAUCGGGCCCUACCAGAUCCACGCGGGGAAGAGCGUGCCCAUCGUGCGGGGCGGCGAGGCUACCCGAAUGGAGGAGGGCGAGUUCUUCGCCAUCGAGACGUUCGGCACCACCGGCAAGGGAUACGUGCGGGAGGACCUGGAGUGCAGCCACUACAUGAAGAACUUCGAUGUGGGUCACGUGCCGCUGCGGCUGCCGCGCGCCAAGCAGCUGCUGGGCACCAUUGAGAAGAACUUCGGGACGCUGGCCUUCUGCAGGCGCCACCUGGACCGGCUGGGUGAGGACAAGUACCUGAUGGCGCUCAAGAACCUGUGCGAUGCGGGCGUGGUGGACCCCUACCCCCCGCUGUGCGACGCCAAGGGCUCCUACGUGGCGCAGUUCGAGCACACCCUCUACCUGCACCCCACCCGCAAAGAGGUGCUGUCGCGCGGGGAGGACUACUGAGGGGCGGAGGGGGAUAAAAGUAAUGAGGAGGAGAGUGAACUGAUGAGGGGGAAAAGAGGAGGAAAGCUGG